AUGGAGACAGGGGAUACACCUCGAUGGCAUCGCAAAUGGCUUGCAAUGCUAGGGAUACUAGGAUGGCUGUUCCUCUGUCGCUACCGAGUCAUGGGCUACCUGCUCUCCAAAGCUGUCACAUUCCAGUUAUUAAAAUCCCGUUCGCGCAAUUCCAAGCCUGCCCCUGUUACAGUUCGAGUGGAACGAGUAUCCCUCCAGCCAUUAUGUUUCUUCAAUGUGGAGCUCAGUGGCAGUGGAUCCACGUGCUGGCGUGUGAUACUCACAAAAGUAGAAGUACAAAGCCACGUGAAGGAAUUCUUCGAGUCGUUUGGACUCGUCAAAAUUUGUGUUCUGGCGAUAGAUGAAAUUAUCGGAGAUGUGGAUAAAAUUGACGACGAAGUGCUGCGAGAUGCGUUUUUACCCAAAAAGACAAAAGCGGAGAACGCAGACACGCGACGUGAGUGCAAAUCCACCAAAAUGAAUCCAAUCUGCUAUCUGCGUUUUGUGGAUCUCAAAGUGCAAAGUAUCCGUCUUCGCAUUAACUGUAUGGGGACGACGACUAAGCUCUUGUGUCAAGGGCUAUACGUUGGAAUCACCGACGUCUUUGUCCAGCAUGACAUGCUGCAGCUGAAGGUGCAAACGAAGUCAAUGAUCGUCCAAAGCUCCAGUCAAAGUGAAGGUGAAGCGGUAAAUAACGAGAGUGACGGAAGGGAUGGGCUACGUAUGGAAAUCCCGGACACUAGUGCUGUUUUCGACCUGAAUCUGCGGAACCAGCGCUUCCUUGGGUGUAAAAUGACUGGGAGUCAAGAGCAGACAACCAAUCUCGUCGUGGCGACAGCUUUCAUGGAGCGUGUCGAACUCGACUGCUUUAGCCUCAGCAUUACAAUCGUGAACGAAGUGGAAUCGGGUGGCUUUGUCCCUAUACAAUUUUGCGCUGAUAACGCGCGUGUCCACAACUUGGCUUCAAAUAAAAAAAUGGCAUCGGUGUGUUCCAUCGAAGUUCGAGCAAAUCAAACAGCACGACACCGUGGAGUUCUCGCUGGAGCGUUCGACAAGGUUGAGAUUUUCUUAAGCCAUCGCUCCGAGAAGAUAUUCCGCUCGUUGAUAGCUGCCCAAGGACGUGUGGAAAAACUUCAGAUCGAAGCGAGAAGGAUGCUAGAGCCAAAUUUGAUCGCCAGCGCUAGGAAAGACCGCAUUCAUUGGAAUGUAGAAAUUGAAGUUACGUCGUGGAUGAUGUCAUUUAAGGCCUUUGCUAAGGACGGUGGGACAGACGACUUGACGGCGUAUGGAAUGGCUACAUCGGUUCAAACCCCACUAGCUCCCGUCCUGGGGGAAAAUGGCUCGUCGUUUAUCAAGCGCUCCGUCGUGAUUCAACACACUUCUGUUGACGUGACACCGAAUGGAAACAAUCCACACUCAGCGGUGUUUGGAGGCGCUGAGCUGAGUCUAAGUACUUCACUGAAUCCACCCGAAAAGACCAAAACAAUUGGGAUGUCUGUCAAAUUUGAGUUCGUCUCGAUCAAUGGGUUACUGUCGGAUAAUAGUGGCAAAGCGAGUCGAUUUCCCGCGAUAUAUUUACACGACGUCAGAGUCGAUCGCCGAGAAAAAGUAUCAACUGACGUCUCGGAAGUGGAUCUGGAUAUUCAUAUGGAGAACGCAGACGUCAAGUGGCACUACCGUCAACAUCAGACCUUCCUCCUUGAAUGGGCUGCGACUAAAAACAUAAUCGAUCAGCUGGAUUUGUUACUGUCGAGUUCGUCAAAGAAAACUUGGACACCAACCGAUCAGGUAGUACCGAAGAUAUUAAGUACGAACGUUUACUCGAAAGACACCGCGAUAGACGUGAUCGACAUCCCUGGGGUAGCUCUAUUGACCACGUUCUGCUUAGUAGAGACCAAGGUGAAUCACCGUUCAACGCAGUUAUCUGUUACCACGGCAGUUAACUCGACAAACGCGAGUGUACGAUGGGGAGAGAGUCCGUCACGAAUUAACUUAACCAACGUAACAUUCCAGAACCGAAGUAGUCUAGGAAGACAAAGAUACCUGACCAAGGUCCCGACUCAAAGUGACAUCCGGUGUGCUUCAUUGGAAGCGCAUCUUCGUCCUCAAAGUCGAAUGUUACUUUUGUUCCUGCGUCUCGAUCAACUCGUGAGUGGACCAUCCAAGACUGAUAUUGAGAAGCGUUCUUCUGUUCAGGGAAUUUCUUUCGUUUGUGGAAAACUUACAAUCGAGUUGCAGUCGAAAGAUGAGAUUGCUAGCGUUGAAUUCACUACACUUGGCGUCAAAAUGACUCGAUGCACUCCACGAGAGAUAACCGAGACCAUGACGCGAGUGGUGCAGUGCUUGAGGAAGGAAGAGCUUGCUGGACGAGCUUUCACACAAGUGGCACACCAAGUUAUGGUCCUCGAAGGAGCAGCUUCUGCUAGUGCCAUUACGGCUGCGAUUCCGUUGAAAAACCUGGUUGAGUUGCAGCACACAGAGCUGCAUUUUGCGAUUACAGACGUGGAGUGGAGUCGACUGUUAAACUGGGAAAACGACGCUGUUGUGCCACGUACCACAAGUUUUGACUUGAGUAUGUUGACAGAGAGAAUUCAGUUGGCGAUGGAGAGGAAAUUGUUUGAGAAUCUGCUCCACUUGAUGCCCAUUCUUCAAGAAGCUUUCGAUACCAAAGAGACGGAAACUAGUGCAAGUAGUCAAGCGGUGGCGGAGCAGCCAAGCUUUCGUCUACGCUUUGUGGGAAACCUCGAUAUAGCGUUCCAAAAUGCCGAGCUAACAUGUCCUUAUGGUGACAAGGAACAGAUCGGAAGUAAAGUUACGCGAGUUCUUCUCGGUGAAGUGGCGUUCAACUUGCGUCAGUUCCAAGUCAUAGGGUUCAAAUGUUCCCCUCUGCGUGUCAUGCUUGAAGACGCAGACUUCAUCGAACGCAGCGACACGAGGAUUCGUAGCGGUGACGACUCGUUGCAGCUCCUUUUCGUUCCCCAAGUUAGCGUCAACACAUUUGUCCACUGGCACCACGGGAUCCAACACUCUGGUCAGCUCCAGUUCGCCUUGUCUUUGGAAAUCGCUCUCGGACACACGCACUCGUACGAUCAGCCCACUCACGUUCCUAUUGUGGACGAAGCUCUGGUGUCUUUGAAUUGGGAUUGUGUGGUCCCGUGGCUCAUCUACAUGAUAACGGACGACAAUGGCGAGUACCCCGUUGAAAAGCCCACUAAGGAGACUUCAAAUGAUGCCAAACACGUACAGUGCGUAGGCGUGCAAUGGGAUUUAUCCGUCAACUCGAUCCAGUUCGCUUGGUGGGAUACCGCGACGCAGGACAUUGGGAUGCUGGUCGUCGCCAAUGAGUUUCUAACGCAUGGCUUACUACGGAUGGACAGCUCGGAGUUCGACGAUAGGGCAUCGGAAUGGAAGCUCUGGGAAGCGACGGUAUACCUCCAUUUGUUCCGAGGAUAUCUGCUCCAUGUCGAGGACGAUUUUGUCGCCGGUGAGAAGAGUAUCCCUGAGAUUCUCCCUUUUGGAGCGGAACUGGCUUCGAACUUCUCGUUAGAAACGGUUGGAACCAGUUAUCGCAACUCGUACACACCGGACGAUGACGAAGACUGGGAAGCUCUGGAUGAAGAAGUGACGCACAUGUUCGCUCCGUCAAGCGCCAAUAUCUUCGAGAAGAUGCACGACGAGUUUGUUCCCAUAGACUACGAGUUCGGCAUCUCGACUCGUCCAAAACCUGGACGACAAGACACGACGGUACGCCUCUCUUUGCUCCAUGUCCCGAGCGCAUCAGCAGCGCUGUCUCCGCCGAAGUCGCCUCGAUCAGCGAAGAACUGGACGCAGAACAUUAAAAGCAAAUUAUCGCGCCUUAAUCGCCGAUCUGCGUCGAUGGACAAUCUCUUCCUCAAAGACGGCUCUUGUCCGAUCCAAGUUGACGCCAUGCGGCUCCUGUGGACGCUUCAAACUCGAGACAGCGUGUUCUACAUGGUCUCGACGACGAUCGACAGUCUCCGACUGCUCUGGGAUGCUCGACGGAAUGCUGGGAAGGAAAACGUCGACCGAAAUGCUGCCGAACCGAGCUCGCUAUUCGUAAGUCGGCGAGGAAGCACUAGAGAUACACUACUCGACUUGCUGCAACAAGGGAAGCUCGGUAUGGCCCAGGAAGACCGCGAGUCGUCGUCCAGAUCGAUUGACGAAGAGACAGAGUCCACUCGUGAGAGUCUUGGUGAAGACCCGAGUGACUAUGGCGCUCCGAGCACUGCAAUAGCCAUGAAAGCGUACACUGUGGACAUCCACGACGUGCAGAUCAAUGUUCGCGAAGAAAACACACGUAGUAAUGUGCUGUUGGCAUCCAAGCACAUCCACUUUGAGAUCGGCACGGAUGCGAGUGAUACCAACACGAUUGCGAACGUAACAUUCGACAAUGUUACUGCACACGUGGCCCCAAUCGACGUGGAUAUUACUGCUGGCGUGUUGUGGUACUCGCACUCGAACACCGGUUCGGGCUCAGCCUUGUUGAAGCAGAUAAUGGAGGAAUGCUCACUCACCAGCUCGUACACGCACACGCAGAGCACGGGCGCCACCAGCACCGAAGUGGAUCUGUCGUUCUUGCAGCUCUCCACUGACAGACAUCAGUUCUACCAGCUCAUGAACGUGAUUCGCCAUGUGUUGCUAGCGCCCCCGUCAGUAGCCAGACGACCCAAACGCACCUUCACUCCAAGAACAUACUCGACCGAGUCCCCGCGACUGGAGACCAGCGAUAUCGCGGUGUUCACUCCGCCAACCACGACCAACACACUGGCAGCAUCGACGUCUGCCAAGAAACUCCACGUGUUGCUGGAAGAAGAGCUGCGGAACCGAGAGAUCCGUACGAGAGGGACGUCGUCGCGCAUCAAAGCGACAGCUCUCAAGGCCAUCUCGUCCAAAGUCGUGGGGAUGCAAUGGAAACUGCGGCUAAGUCCCGAGAUUACUGGCGCUGACCACGAGUUCGUCGGCAUCCGCAUCACCGGGUUUACAGGCUGCCAUACGUACUUCACCAACCACUGUACGAAGCUCACGUUGAACCUCCAAUGGCUGGAGAUAAAUAACUUGCAUCCAGGUCCGUCGUCCGCUGCUUUCGAGGACUCGACUGCAGUGUUGAAAGCGAAACUUCUGGUCGAUAAACGGCUCGAGAGCAGCACUACAGGUAACCAGAAGGGGAUGCUCGUGGUUCGUGCGGAGAGCGGCCCCAUCGUCCGUGUGCACGGCCAGAAGCUGCGUGUCCUGGAAGUUCUGGAGGUCAGUAUGUUCCCCGAAGUGUCCAACAUGAUUGUCAUCCAGCUCGCAGCCGAUUUCUACGAGCUUAUCUACAAAUUCUUCUUCGAGAACAUCUCGCCAACGCCGCAGAACUCGGAGCAAGUGUUUCUAGGUCGGAAAUCGACCUUCGGGCCCGUGUUGCCCACAGUAUCGGGCAGUGCUCCGUCGCUGGGUCCGAAAGGAGGCAGCUCUCCCUUCAUGAAGUCGCGGAGCAACUCGGCGAACAGUAUGCUGGCGGAAUCCACCAAUACCGGUGGGCCCAACUCGCCGAAUUCCGUCUUCAGCACCGAAGAAAUUCCCGAUGACAGCGACUCGACCGCCACGGACGACUGCGAGUUGUUUUACGUCAAAUACGUGCGCGUGGGGAACGUCCGUCUGCGCAUCAACUGCAACGGCUUCUUCGUCAACUUGAGCCACUUCGACUUGGAUCUCCCGCCGUAUCUGUGUCAGAGCAAACUCUGCACGAGUAAGAAGCUGCUCCAGAAGUUCGAGUCACAUCUGAAAUGGUACAUCACAAAGGAGAGCGCGUCGUCCGGACUCUCGCAAUUCAAGAACAAAAUCCUCAAAUGGACACCGUCGUCGUCGUCUGCAGAUGGCAAGAAAGACAAAAGUAAGAAGCAAGAGGAAGACACGGCAGCGGCGAACGCGCAGGUCUUGUUCGGGCCGUACUCCGGGACGUCAACAUAA